UUCUUGUUUACCUCUGGAUCAAUUUAUUUGUACUCAUUGAUAAUUUGAUCAUUUGAAGAAUCCUUUAAGGAUUAAGGGUGCUAAACAUGGCCACCUCGCCAGGAAAGUCCCCCGCCUUGGAUGCAGACCCCGAGCCCAGCGGCCUGCUCUCCGCCACCGUGGUGGCGGGUCUCCGGAACCUGGGAGCCAUUAUCUCGCCCCCACUGACCAAGCUGCUAAUCGCCAACUCGCUGAAAUUGACGCUCCAUCCGGAUGCUACCAUUGCUCCCGUACCAGAGAUCUAUGCCAGCAAUGCUGCCUGCGCGAAACAGAGCGAGUACGCCGUGGUCACCCUCUACGCGUUAGCCACCAAGCACGGAUGGGACGGCCUUUACCUGCGCCAGCAACUGGAGCAACUGGCCCUGGACACCGGCGCCGUUGACGAACUGAGCCGCGUGUACGAGGACAACCGCAAGGAGCUGGUGCUUCGCCAGCUGCAGCUAGGCCACGGCUUCCCGCACAUCACCGACAUCCAGUGGCGCAUCGUGUGCGACGUCAAGUCCUCCACCUCCGACUGCAGCACGGGCGUGGCCCACUUCCACAUCAAUCUGGGAAACUUCCGGCCGAGCAGCGGGGAGCGGGUGACCAUCGUGGAGUUCGUCUGCAACGCCGAGGAGCUGCAGUCGCUGAUCAACCGCCUCAAGGAGAUCGAGCGGCACUGCAACCAGAUGGCCGUAGCCUAGGACACACUCUCAACAUUCUUAUCGAUUAUAUUUCGCAGCAUAUAUAACACAA